GUGGGAUUGGAGUAGAGAUGGAGCAGUUCGUACAGACUAAGAACAGACGGAAACUGCCUGGGAUCCAGGAUCCGACGUGCGCGUCUGAAGGGUCGAUACGGGCUUUUGAGACGAAUCUGGAGGCUGCUUUCAAUACCGUGGUGGAAAGUGCUCUCUUCGCACAGAUUGAGAAGUCAUUGGAGACUGUGCGCCUUGAGAGAAUACGAUGCGUUGCACUUGGAUCACCGUGUCAAGAAGAGCCUGCACUCUACCAGCUGGCUCUUCUCAUGGCCAUUGCUAAGGCUAAAGGUGUGGAGGAGAUCUCUCUCUACGACCCGGUCUUCACUCGCCUCGAUAAGGCCUAUUUCGAGAAGGUUGGCUACAUCGUGGAAGAACAGUACACGCCUGUUGAUUUGCACCUCACUCUUUACUUCCUGCCACAUGCACCACUGACUCUCACCAGCUGUGUGCUCAACGAACACCCAAGGUAUCUCUUGUCUAACAACGUGCUGAGCCACACAGAGAGAAUGAGCAAAUCCGACCUAUAUGAGAAAUACCCGUUGUUGGCAAGGGUGGUCUAUCAACUCGAGCAAAGUACGAAGCCACCUGUCGAUGACUUCCAGCCCGUGGUGUCCAAGAGGAAAAACAGAAGACCAAACAAGAACAGAUACGUGGAGAAAGAACUCGACUAUUCAAUCAUAGAUGCGUAUUUCUCCAAGCCAUCACUCACAAGCUACAAGGAGUUCGAAGAAGGCCCGUGGCUGAAUUCGUUCACUGAUCUAUCAUUGCACGUCCUCGAAUAA